AUGCAAUUCUUUCUGAAGAACGUCGCCCUUUUCUCGCUCUUUGCGAUUAUGGUCUCCGCGACCUCCAAGUUCGCCGACUCUUGCCGCGAAAUUGAGGGCUAUGGCUCCGAGCUCCAGGCCGAGUGCCAGGAGUACGAGAACGGCCAGCUCCGACCCACCACCAUCAAUCUGAACCGAUGCCUGAAGAACCACAAGGGUUCCCUCCGGUGCGGAUCAAACGGCAACUAUGAAUCCUCCUGCAUCAACUGUGUCCUGAGAGGUACCACCGACUAUGAGUGCCAGUGCCGCAACGUUGACGAGGGGCACCAAUACGUUUCCACUCAAAUUGACCUGAACAAGUGCAUCAGCAACAACCACGGCGAGCUUCGCUGCUAA